AACAUUCUUGAGAUUGCUUCUCUAGCGACCCAAGACCACAAAAACCAAAAGACCCAAGAUCCAAAAACCAAAUGACCCAAGACCUUAAAAACCAACAACCCAACAACCCAACAACCCAAAAACCCAGCAACCCAAAAAUGACUGCACAUCCCAACAAGCUUUUCGUGGGCGGACUCAGUGCAAACACAGACGACGACGGCCUCCGCCAGCACUUCGAGCGCUUUGGCGAACUUAUAGACCACGUCGUCAUCAAACACAAGGUUCAGAGCAGAUCUCGCUGCUUUGGCUUUGUGACCUACGCCAAACCGGAGCAGGCCGACGCAGCCAUGGCUGCAAUACCACACACAGUAGACGGGACCGCAGUGGAAGUUAAACGGGCUGUUGCAAAAGAAAAAUCUAAAGAGCCUGAAUCUUUUGCCCGUGCCAUGGAGAAGAAAAUCUUUGUUGGUGGCUUGAAGAACGACAUCUUCGAGUUCGAACUCACUGAAUACUUCUCUCAGUAUGGCCAAGUCGAGAAGUCUGAAAUCAUGGUAGAUUUGGAGACCCGACAGAACCGGGGAUUUGGCUUUGUGCACUUCACAAAUGCCUCUGCAGCAGACAAAGCUGCGCUUGUGAAGUUCCACACAGUCAAUGGACACCAAGUUGAAGUAAAGAAAGCUUUGACUAAGCAAGGCCCCACCCUGGAGCCAGGCCUGGGGUUGGGACUUGCAGUUGAGAGCCUGGUGACCGGGCUCCUCCCACAGGCCCUGGCCAGGUCAAGCCCGAAGAAGCGAGGUUGGAUCGCUAUCCAGGGGGCCCACCACCUGCAGGAGAGCUCAGAAGGGGCUGAUGUGGAUGGCGGUCAAAGUUGGUACACAGAUGGUCUUAAAACCACAGGAGGAACUCGAAUCAUUGUUUUCCUUAACCUGUCCAGGCAAUCAAGCAGCCCCGAACCAUGA